CCCUUUCUCCCUCUGAUUGAAUUGAAUUGAAAUGAAGACUUAAACAUCACGACAGUGAAGGGUAUGAGUGUUAAAAGACAGCUAGCAAUGAACGAAUAGCUUCACCUACCAUAUUACUCCCCUUUACUUCUCUUUCCUUUCCCCCCUUUUUAUUAGCUUUGUUUAUUUUCCUCCCCUUCAAAAAUCAUUACUUCCCCUUCUCAAAUUUCAGAAACAUAUAUACCCAGAAUUUGCAUCCUUAUUGCUUACUAUAUAAUUGUUCAAGAGGUAUUGUUUUUUUGCCCUUUUAGCCUCUCAGUUUCUGAGUGUUAUAAGGUUGUGUGUGAAUGAGUGUUUAAUUAGUGGAAGAAUAGUGCCCAAAAUUUAAAGGGUUUGUUUGUUUGUUGUAAAAUUGGGCUUGUUCUGGGUUUUCAGUUAUCCAAUUUUGGGAGUCUUCUUCUGGGAUUGUCUUGAAUUUUGUUCCUCUGCACGAAUUUAGUGUUUCUGGAGUUAUCUGCUGAAGAAUAGGAGGAAAGCCAAUUUUUAGGCGGGAGAGUUUGCAGUGUUUCAGGUACAAUUUUGGAAGAUUGUAGGCUUGUAGAGAAUAAUAAUGAACCCGAAUUUCAUGGAUGACGCUGACUGUGGCAACUUCUUUGACCACAUUGAUGAUUUGAUCGAAUUCCCUCCAGAGAAUGACACCAGUAAUAACGGCCUUGUCGGUUCUGCCGGUGACUGCAAAAAUUUUUCGAGCCUCUGGGAUGAGCCAUUGCCUGAUGCCGACCCUCUUUUCUCCGGCAAUGAUAAUUUAUCUGCGUCUGGCCUUUCUACUGAGCUCUCACUUCCGUAUGAGGAAAUUGCUCAACUUGAAUGGCUUUCAACGUUUUCGGAUGACUCCUUUUCUUAUGGAGGGCAGAGUUUCACCGGCAAAGGUCAUCCAAUUGUCAAGAAGGAGUAUCCCCCCAGCCAAUUUCAAACCUCUAGUCCUGUUUCGGUGCUCGAGAGCAGCAGCAGCAGCAGCAGCAGCAGCUCCUGCUCUGGAGGGAAAAUUAUCCCUCUUAGUCCUACUCACCGUGGCGCACAACGUGCCCGUAGUAAACGUCCACGGCCUGCAACUUUUAAUCCUCGCUCGGCAAUGCAGCUUAUAUCACUGACUUCUUCCUUCUCUGAGACUCCGCUGCCAUUAAUGCCUUAUGCAGUACCUUCAGAAUCUGAGAACAUUGCGGAAUCUGGAUUCGUGAAGAACUUGGCCAAUCCGCUUCCAGCAGGAGAGCAAAAGAAGAAGAAGAAGAUCAAAUUGACAGUUCCUAAGGUAGUGGAGACGAAUGAGAAUUCACCACCGCAAGUGGUUAGGAAAUGCCUUCAUUGUGAGAUAACUAAGACUCCUCAGUGGAGGGCUGGGCCGAUGGGGCCAAAAACACUCUGUAACGCAUGUGGUGUGCGCUACAAGUCUGGCCGUCUGUUCCCAGAGUAUCGUCCUGCUGCGAGUCCUACAUUUGUUCCAGCGCUGCAUUCAAAUUCUCAUAAGAAAGUUGUUGAGAUGAGGAACAAGAUCAACGAGAAGAAUGGUGCAGUGGAGACAGUGGCAAAAACCUCAGUAGUCAGCCAGAUAGAUUCAGUUGCGGAGAGUAAGCCUUUGGUAGAGCGCAUUUGAGGGAAAAGGGGUCAGGGAAUUGCUUUUCCUUGAGCAUUAAUUUGUUUUUUAUUUCUCUGCCUCUUUUCUUCAGUUUGUGGUGCUGUUCUAUUACUGUUUUUACAUAUCUUGGUUCAUUGGUUCUUUGUACAGACAUGUAAUGGAGGGAUAGGAGCUUAGAUGAUCAUAUUUUAGCUAUUAGGAGGAGGAUAAAAAGAGUACUGCAAAAAUGAUAGAUAUAAUGGAGGAUUAGGGCUAGGGCGCAGCUUUAGCAAUGUUGGUUUAGGUCCUUUAAGCUACUAGGUAAUGGAGGGUCAAUUUUUUUCUUGUUCCUGCCUAUUUUCGUGUCUCUGUCAUCAUCUUCCCAUAGUUAUUGGGAAUUCUUUUUGCAGUUUAUUUGUUAUUAGGAAACCUUGAAAUGAGACAGCUUUUUUGGAAUUCAAGUUUUCAAUUCUUUGAAGUUUCUGUUUCUGUAUAAGCCUUAGCUGCAACUUUAAUGAGUGAAAAAUGGCAAUAUUCUAGUACCGUAUUCACUAAUCCUUUCCAGUUUCCACAUUAACAUCGGAUGCUACCAAAAGUCUCUUCACAACUUUGUCAUUUGGGACCAAACAAACUGCAGAAAUUCGUCACAUCGAUAUGAACUUGUUGUAUAAUAUAUAAACGAGCACGGGUUGUUUGUUGUACGCAUAACAUUAUGUUACUUUCAUCUUUUAGGAUUAAUAUCCACAUCCAAUGCAAAACAUUGGCAGAAAAUGGAAUAAUAAUAACAUUGGAGCAGAUGCCAUUAGUACUGCAGCUGAAGUGGUUUGAAUGGGGACAAAGGGACCAGCAACACCAAUUAAAUUGUAGUAGUAGACUGGGGCAUCUUUUGCAGAAAGCAACAGCAGUACCUGCAAAUUUCUGCUACUUUCUGCCAUGGAAUGGAUUUAUCAACUGUUUCAGUGUCUGAAAAAAUUGAUGGAUUUUUUUUGAGUGUCCUGACUUUCAAGUUUGGUAGUACAACAACAACUGUUAAACUUGUGAAGUCAAUUUUUUUUGCAGUAAAGAGUUUCAGGCUGUCUAGCAGACCCUCGGAAUGAGUAAAACAGACAGUAAAGAAAGACAGCCUACUGACAUAGGUUUUUAACAUGGAUGAUAGAUUUAGAGUUUUAGUACUGCU